AUGUCUUCCCUUAAGGAAUCAGAGGUUCGUACUCAAAAUGUUGACAUUAAUUCAGAGCCAGAAGAGGAAUCCAAAUGGAAAAGAUUAUGGCAAAAGCAUAAAUCCAAACUCUGGGAUACUUUGGACAAGUCUCCAGAAGAAAGAAGAGUUAUGUUCAAGGUGGAUUGGUGGAUUUUGACAUACGCCUGUCUGGGAUAUUUUUUGAAAACACUAGAUCAAACAAAUUUUUCCAAUGCCUAUGCAAGUGGAAUGAAAGAGGAUUAUGGCUUUAAGAAAAAUGAGUAUAAUUUGGCUAGUGCUACCAUGUUCAAUAUUGGUUAUAUUAUCGGUCAAGUCCCGUCACAGAUGGUUCUUACCAGAGUGAGAUAUUCUAUUUGGCUUCCUACUAUGGAACUUCUAUGGGGAAUAGUUUGCAUGUGCAUUGCUGCAACACCAAAAUCUCAACAUGGAAUACACGUGAUCUAUGCCCUUAGAUUUCUUAUCGGUCUUUUUGAAUCCACCGCAUACGCAGGAUUAAUAGGGUUGCUAGGUUCUUGGUAUACACCCUUAGAACUUGGAAAGAGAGCAGGUAUUUUCCAAAUAUCAUCUUCUGUUUCAAAUAUGUUUUCUGGUUAUCUACAGGCAGCCCUUCAUAAGGGUAUGGAUGGACGACUUGGGCUCAGAUCAUAUCAGUGGUUAUUUAUUUUUGAUGGAAUAAUUACCAUUCCUAUUGCUUUAUAUGGAUAUUUAAGUAUCCCUGAUUCACCAGCUAAUACAAAGGCAUGGUGGCUUAAACCAGACCAAAAAGAACUGAUGAGAAAUAAGAUUGCUGCAGCAAAAAGAGCUCCCCCAAAGAAGCUUACCUGGAACAGUUUGAAAGCACUAUUUAGUUCAUGGCCAGCCUAUCUUUUCCCUGCAUGCUUUAUUUGUCAUGUUUCAGCUAUCAGGCUUUAUUCCUACAUGAAUUUAUGGCUUAAAUAUAAAAAGUUCUCCGUUACUAAGAUUAACACAUUGCCAACUGCCGGAUAUGGUAUUCAAAUUUUCUGUACCAUUAUUAUGGCCUGGACAUCUGAUGCUAUCCACAAACGGUAUCCAUUAAUCAUUAUAUUUACAAUCAUUUCUGCUAUUGGUGCCCUCAUUCUUACUAUUUGGCCCUCGAGUACAUCUGCUAUGUUUGCUGGCUGGUACCUUCUAUUUUGUGAGACAGGUUGUGGAAUUCUAUUUAUGUCUUGGAUCAAUGAAACUUUAGCUUUUUCUGCAGAACAAAGACUUGUCUGCAUAGGUCUUACACAAACUUUGGCUUUUACUUUUCAAGCAUGGCUUCCUCUCAUUAUUUAUAACACCGGUAACGCACCAUUUUUUGGUAGUGGUUAUCCGGUUGCAAUGUCACUCUUUUUGGCUGAAGGGUUUGGAAGCUUGAUCAUAGCUUAUAUCAUUAAAAAGGAAAACGCCGGUUUUACUUGGUUUUUUUCGAGAAAAUACAACGACCUGAAAUUAGUUAAUAAGGAACAAAUUAAGAAUGACCAUAUUAUCGAUCAGGACCACAUGGAUAUUGAACAGAGGGCUUAA